UGUACACGUGAUACGCAAUAUAGUCGACGUACUACGCAGAACAUGAGCUGAAGAGGCGUUCGUUGUACCUUUGUCCAAGCUAUCCAAACGCGAAAAUCCCAUAAAUGGAUCGGGGGUCGAAGCGGCGACAGGUGAAGCCUUUGGCUGACUCUCUGCUGGAUGCUCUGGACUAUGACAGCUCAGAUGACAGUGAUUUUGAAGUUGGAGAUGCAUCAGGUUCAGAGGGUACCGGCAACGGGAGUGAUGAGGAGGGUUCAAAUGACAGCGCUGCGGGCUCUGAGAGCGACUCUGACGCUGUUGGCUCAGCUGAUGAAGAGGGCAUAGAUGACGAAGAGACCAAAGAUUUGAAUGAAGACACUGAAGAAGAGGAAAAAGCCAAGGAACAGUCUUUCUCUGAGGAGACCAGCAGCAAAGAAACAGAGGGAACCUCCAAGAAUCGCAGGAAAGGAGAAAAAUCCUCAGAUACAGAACCAAAUGGUAGUGGCACCGCCGAGGAGGCCUCAGGAGAGCCGAAAAAAUGGAACCUCCGACGAAACCGGCCCAUGCUGGACUUCACUACGAUGGAAGAGCUAAACGAAAUGGAUGAUUAUGACAGCGAGGAUGACAAUGACUGGAGGCCCACGCAAGGAAAAAAGAAAGGCAAGGCAUCAUCUGGGAAGGAGAAAGAAGGGAGUGAUGAAGAGGAUGAUGAUGGUGGUAGUGAUGAAGAGGACAAUGAGGAUGAUGAAAAUGAGACUAGUAGCAGUGAUAGUGAGGAAGAAGGGAAGAAACCAAAGAGAAAAGCAGGCAAGAACACUGGCGCAUUUGACGAGGAGGAGACCAAUGACAGCCACAGCACAUCCCAUGGAAAGGGCAAUGAGGACUCUCUGUUGGAGCGUCCCCAGACCUGGAGCUCCCAGCGGAUGGAGCAUAUCCUUAUCUGCUGCGUGUGUCUGGGAGACAACAGCGAAGAUGCGGAUGAGAUCAUCCAGUGUGACAACUGUGGCGUGACCGUGCAUGAAGGUUGCUAUGGUGUUGAUGGUGAAAGUGACUCUAUCAUGAGCUCGGCCUCAGAGAACUCAACAGAACCGUGGUUCUGUGACGCUUGCAAGAAUGGCGUUACACCCAGCUGUGAACUCUGUCCCAGUCAGGACGGCAUCUUCAAAGAAACUGAUGCGGGGAGGUGGGUGCACGUGGUGUGUGCCCUUUAUGUUCCAGGUGUCGCAUUUGGAGAUAUUGACAAGCUGAGGCCAGUAACACUCACAGAGAUGAACUACUCAAAGUAUGGGGCAAAGGAGUGCAGUUUGUGUGAGGACGCACGCUUUGCUCGCACAGGCGUUUGCAUCAGCUGUGAUGCUGGAAUGUGCCGCUCAUUCUUCCAUGUUACGUGUGCUCAACGGGAAGGGCUACUGUCUGAAGCUGCUGCAGAAGAGGACAUUGCAGAUCCAUUCUUUGCAUACUGCAAGCAGCACGCAGACCGCUUUGACAGGAAAUGGAAAAGGAAGAACUACCUGGCCCUGCAGUCCUAUUGCAAAGUGUCUUUGCAGGAAAGAGAGAAGCAACUCACACCUGAAGCUCAGGUCAGAUUUACCGCUCAGGCUCGAAUAACCACUCGGCUCCAGCAGUACAGAGCGAAAGCAGAGCUGUCUCGAAACACUCGACCGCAGGCGUGGGUGCCCCGAGAGAAGCUUCCCCGACCGCUCACUUCUAGUGCAUCAGCCAUUCGUAAGCUGAUGCGUAAAGCCGAGCUCAUGGGUAUCAGCACAGACAUCUUCCCCGUGGACACAUCUGAUACCAGCGCAAGCGUAGAUGGACGGCGUAAACAUAAGCAGCCUGCCCUCACGGCAGACUUUGUUAACUACUACCUAGAGCGGAACAUGAGGAUGAUUCAGAUCCAGGACAACAUCGUGGAACAGAAGAACCUCAAAGACAAGCUGGAGAGUGAGCAGGAGAAGCUGCACAUGGAGUACGAUAAGCUGUGCGAGUCUCUGGAGGACCUGCAGAAUGUCAAUGGCCAGCUGAGGGCCGAGGGCCAAGCCAUAUGGAGCAUGAUGGGGGGGAUCCUUGGACAGAAAUUGAACUCUCCUGCAGUUCUGAAAGCUCCCAAAGAGAGAAAGCCAAGCAAGAAAGAGGGUGGAUCACCAGGGAAGUCGUCAAACCUCCCAGCUAUGCUCUACAGCUGUGGGAUCUGUAAGAAAAACCAAGACCAGCAUCUUUUACUGCUAUGUGACACCUGUAAGCUACAUUACCAUCUGGGCUGUCUGGACCCACCUCUCACGCGCAUGCCGAAGAAGACCAAAAACAGCUACUGGCAGUGCUCUGAGUGCGACCAGGCCAGCAGUGAUGAGGCUGACAUCGCCAUGGAGACGCUGCCGGAUGGAACCAAAAGGUCCAGGAGGCAGAUCAAGGGACCAAUCAAAUUCAUUCCUCAAGAAAUGAGCCCAGAGCCCAAGAAGCUUCAAGUGAGAGGAACUAGAACCAGAGGCCAGAAGAGAAAGAGAACGUCCAUUUACGAGGAGGAUAAGAUCGAGGAACCAUCACCGCGGGAGCGCAGACAGAGGCAUUCGACUCUGCAGAAAAAGCCCAAAGCCGAUGACACACGGACCGAGUGCACCACCUGCAAGAGCCCGGGCGACAAUGAAAACCUAGUGAGGUGUGAUGAGUGUCAGCUCUGUUACCACUUCGGCUGUCUGGACCCUCCCCUGAAGAAGUCGCCCAAACAAACCGGCUACGGAUGGAUCUGUCAGGAAUGUGACACCUCCUCAUCAAAGGAGGAAGAACCACAAGAGGUUGACGAAGAGUCUGUGAAAGAGGAAACGGACGAGCAAGAGAUCCCAGACUGAAAAACUCUCGUUACCUUAUCGUUACCUCACGUGAAAUAAUCGUCUUGCCUACACAGUCAGCACCAUCACCUCAUUUCCUGCUGAAUAGUGGGAUGCAAAAUAACUUUCACAAAUUAAAUCAAAAGUCGACAACUGCCACUGCUUCACAAGACUGAAACUUUCCUCCUUUGUUAACCAGGAAUCGAUCAAAUGACCACAAUUGCCAGCUUACAAAAAUUGUCAACGCUGUGAUCUCUCUCUAUAUUUUUUCAAAUAUAUAGGGUAUUGUAUAGAGUCAAUGUAUGUUCAAGUCCACAGUCAUGAAUGAAUUUCAGAGUUCAACCCAGGGAAUCUUUGGAGUGCUGGAAGAACAGCAGGAUCUUCAUAUGAGCCCGUUUUUACCUUGAAUACUCUAUGCCCACUCAAAGCCUGUUUUUUAAAGGUUAUUUUUCAUACACUAAUUAACAUUUCCCAUGACUCAUGGAUGUGAAUAUUAUACUGGUGUUGUGUGUCCAGAGUUUCCUUAAGCAAUGUUUCUGUUAUACACCAAUUGCACACUAUUUGUUCCUGUCCCGUAAACUCCUCUUUGUUUAUCAGCCCUUUAUAUUUGCUUUUGUUUUUAUUUUAUUUCAUAUUGUUUAAACACCAACAUAUUAUAGUGUAAUAAUUAACUUGCAUUGACAUUGAUUGCAUUGAAACUGACAGUUAGUGGCUUGUGUUAUAUAAAUAAUUCCUUACUUCCUGGUGGUAAGAGCAAAGUCUAUUUUAUUAUUUUUUACAAAUAUCAUUUUUAUACCUACAGUAUAUUCCAGAACAUCCUUUAUCGUUGACAGUAUUAUUGUCCAUGCUCACGUUUGAGGCAAUUCUCAGUCAAAAAAAAAAAAAAAAUUAAUCUGCCUCAACAUUUGA